AUGGGCCUCUGCAAGUGUCCAAAGAGAAAGGUGACCAAUUUAUUCUGCUUUGAACACCGCGUAAACGUGUGCGAGCAUUGCCUCGUCUCCAACCACAACAAGUGCAUUGUACAAUCAUAUCUACAAUGGCUUCAGGACAGUGAUUAUAACCCAAACUGUCCUCUUUGUAAUAUUCCGCUGAUUGAGGAUGACACUGUCAGACUCAUCUGCUAUGAUGUUUUUCACUGGACCUGUCUCAACGACUUGGCAACCCGCUUACCCCUUCAUACGGCCCCAGCAGGAUAUCAGUGUCCCAGCUGUCAGGGUCCGGUGUUUCCCCCCUCCAACCUGGCCAGCCCGGUUGCCGAUGUGCUGAAAGAACACCUGUCCUCUGUCAACUGGGCUAGAGCGGGUUUGGGGUUGCCACUGAUUGACGAGCCAGCGGACGUCAUUCAGGAGGCCACAGCUCAUGAUGUUACAGACUACACUGACUGGUCAUCAUUUGAUGCACAAGGAGAAAGUCACAGUUACCAAAGCCACUCCUACAACGGCAGCCUUGGCCAAGGGCCAAAUUCUUUGCCAUCCCCAGCAGAGGACCACUUUGGGCUGUCUCCAAAGAAUGUGGAUUCAAAUAUACAAGAUCACUCUGUGGUCAACUUUCCAGAGGCCACUACAAGUGACACAAUUACUAUACAUGCAGGAUCAUCACCAAGAAAGGUUUAUGACACACGAGAUAUCAGUUCUGUGACACAGAUGGAUUUUGAUGACGACAAAUACAGACGACGACCGGCUUUGAGCUGGUUCGCUCAAAUUCUCAAGAACCGCACAGGUAAGAAGCGAGGAGCUCUGUCUUGGAAACAGCGGGUCUUCAUGCUCCUACUGGUUGGAGUGCUGGGAUUCUUUACUUUGAUUAUUAUAAUGGCUAAACUUGGACGUGCCUCAGCUGGUUCAGACCCUAAUUUAGAUCCUCUUCUAAAUCCACACAUUCGUGUGGGCAAAAACUGA